GAGAAAAGAGAGAUUGAUGUGUGAAAGAGAGAGAGACCCAAUGUGGUUGUAGGGUCAUUUUUCUAUUCAUAGCCGAUAGUUUCCUUUAGCACUGUAUUAUAGGUCAGUUUAACCACAGCAACACUGUAGAUAUGUGUGGAAACUAAGCGGCGUGUAUGAAAGACAUAAGGGUUAUUUUUAUAAAGACACAACAUUUCUGUGCGGGAACUAGAGAUAUACAUCUUCAGCAAGCUGCACUAAGUGUUUCCCACCAGGGCGGAGUGAUGCAGGCCCAGGAUCUGAUCCGCCACUUGCGAAUACCAGAGCUGGACGACUUGAGACAGUAUGUGCGUAGUUUACCCACCAACACUCUCAUGGGCAUGGGUGCCUUCGCUGCCAUCACAACCUACUGGCUGGCCACUCGCCCCAAAGCCCUUAAACCGCCAUGUGACCUCAGUUCGCAAUCUGUGGAGGUACAGGGUAGAGAACAUGCUCGACGAUCUAUUCUGCUAGACAGUGAUACAUACAUGUCCUACUACUAUAGUGAUGCUCGGACGAUGUAUGAGGUUUUCUUACGAGGACUGAGAGUGUCUAAUAAUGGUCCUUGCCUAGGAUCACGGAACUCAAACAAGCCAUAUAAAUGGCUGUCUUAUAAAGAGGUAGCAGACAGGGCCGAGUUCAUAGGCUCUGCGUUCCUCCAUAGAGGUCACAGCAAAUCAGAAGACAAAUACAUCGGCAUCUUUGCACAGAACAGACCAGAGUGGACAAUUUCAGAACUAGCGUGUUAUACAUAUUCUCUGGUGGCAGUUCCUCUGUAUGACACUUUGGGCACAGAGGCUAUCAGCUACAUUAUUGACAAAGCAAGCAUCUCCACUGUGAUCUGUGACAUGGCCGAUAGAGCUCGUCUCAUCCUGAGCUGUGUGUCUGGACGAAAGCAUAGUGUCACAUCUAUAGUGAUCGUGGAGGACUUUGACAGUGAGCUGACUGCCCAGGCACAACAGAUUGGCAUUGAAAUCCUGAGUCUGAAAGAGCUGGAGGCCAUUGGCAAAACCAAUCAUAAGACACCUAUUCCUCCUAAACCAGAAGAUUUGGCUCUGAUUUGCUUCACCAGUGGAACUACAGGAAAUCCAAAGGGAGCAAUGAUCACUCACGAAAACGUUGUUUCUAAUUGUUCUGCAUUCAUUAAAGUGACACAGGUACAUUGCAUGCUUAACCAUACAGACAUUCACAUCUCUUACCUACCACUAGCACACAUGUUUGAGAGAGUGGUUGAGGGUGUGCUUUUGGUCCAUGGGGCGAGGAUAGGAUAUUUUCAGGGUGAUAUUCGCCUGCUGAUGGAUGAUUUAAAGACCCUUAAGCCCACUGUGUUUCCUGUAGUGCCCAGACUACUCAACCGUAUGUUUGAUAAGAUCUUUAGUCAGGCCAACACUCCUCUUAAAAGAUGGCUGUUGGAUUUUGCCACCAGCAGGAAAGAGGCGGAGAUGAGGAGUGGAGUCAUGAGGAAGGACAGCAUGUGGGAUAAGCUCAUCUUUAGUAAAGUACAGGCCAGUCUGGGUGGGCGCAUAAGGCUGAUGAUCACAGGAGCUGCUCCAGUAUCUCCUACCGUCCUCAACUUCCUGCGAGCAGCACUGGGCUGUCAGUUUUAUGAAGGUUAUGGUCAGACAGAGUGUACUGCGGGAUGCACUUUGUCACUUCCUGGAGACUGGACAGCAGGUCAUGUGGGGGCACCGUUGCCCUGUAACUUUGUAAAGCUUGUGGAUGUGGCUGAAAUGAAUUAUUUUGCAGCAAAUGGAGAAGGAGAGGUGUGUGUGAAAGGAUCAAAUGUGUUUCUGGGUUACCUGAAAGACCCAGAGAAAACAUCAGAGGUCAUAGAUAAAGAUGGGUGGCUGCACACUGGAGACAUUGGAAAAUGGCUUCCGAACGGCACUUUAAAGAUUGUCGACAGAAAGAAGCACAUCUUCAAACUUGCCCAGGGUGAAUACAUCGCUCCAGAAAAGAUCGAGAACAUCUACAACCGCAGUGAUCCCGUGGCACAAAUAUAUGUACAUGGAGACUCUCUACAGGCGUGUUUAGUGGGUAUUGUUGUACCUGAUCCAGACUUUCUGCCAGGAUGGGCGAAGAAAAGGGGUAUUGUGGGCUCCUACACAGAAAUGUGCAAGAACAAGGAAUUAAAAAAUGCCAUUUUAGAGGAUAUCAUCCGCCUUGGUAAAGAAGCUGGACUGAAAUCUUUUGAACAGGUAAGAGACAUCGCUCUACACACAGAGAUGUUCAGUGUUCAGAAUGGACUUCUCACACCAACACUGAAAGCAAAGAGAACUGAGCUGAGACAACACUUCAGGGAUCAGAUCGACCAGCUCUAUGCCAAAAUCAAAAUGUGAACAAAGACCCCCAUCUACACCGAGAGCAAGAGUUAAACCCAUCUCAGAUAAAACUAAAACACUCCUGAACUUGCACACUUGAUAGCGUACAGGACAGUACACACUGUUGAUGUACUCUUGAAUUCAUUGAAGUACGAUUAUGAUUUUCACCAUUUGGUGGCACCACAGUCUUCUAUCAUAAAAGGUACGGUUGGAUCCUGCCAGCAAAUCUCAAACAUUUCAAGAGCUUGAUCAUGCUGACAAUUCAGAAAAACUGGAAAUGAACCAAUCCAAUGCCUUAGGCCAGUGAAUGCAUUUGUGUGUAAUAACCAUACCCAGAGCACACCCUAAAGUCUGCUUUUACAAUUAUGUAAAACAAAAAGACAGCAUGGGAACACUGAUUUAACUUUUAUACCAAAGCUUACAAGAUAUUGCCUUUUUUAAUCAUUUGCAGGCAUUUUUUAAAAUGUGAAAGUUUCGAGCUUUGAGUAACUUACCCCAGAACUGUACAUGAACAUGUACUAAAAUAUUUAUAUGUGGAACACAAACUGGAACGUCCUAUAAAUGUAUUAUUUGGAUCGCUCAACAUCACUGGUUUUUGUUGUAUUUGGUAAACCAUCCCAGACAGCAGACGACUCCUGAUCUGCACUGGAUCCGGCCCGGAGUUGAUGUGUUUAAGAUAUUUUUGUCUGUAAAUAUAAAUGAUGCCCUACAGUGAAAUAUUUUUGCUUCUCACCUAGCAGGUUUUGAUAGAAAUAAUAGUGAUUUCCUCUGACAGCAAGAUCUAUAUGAUGAAUUGGUUCUUGUUGAUGCUCAAAUUCCACUGAUAGCACUUUGAAAUCGUGAAUUGUGCCUCUUUUCUAGUGUGUAAGCCUUGUACAUAUAUCUAUUUAUGUGUUUUUCAUUCUUCAUUGUAUUCCGGUUUACAUAAAUUGUGCAAACGGUUCUUUGUAGCAUGUGGGUGUUAAAGAAAUUAAAUGAUGGUGUUGUCUUUUA